GGCCUGGCUUCCAGUUUCCAUUCACUCUUCAGUGACAGAGACAGAGACAAAUGAUGGGGUUUGUGUGUGGGGUGUUUCUCCUGCUCACUCUGCCUGCGCUGGCUCGGACUGAAGUAGUGAACGAUUUCAAAGUGUGUAAAGAUUUCUUUUUGGAGAGUAAGGCUCCAACAGUGCAACUCGAUCAGAAUCGUUACAAACGGAUCUGUCAGAAAUAUAAAAAUAAAUAUGAAUUUGCAACUCUUUACGACACAACAAACAGGAUUCCAGUGUAUUCAGCGUACACAUACAGCGACUGUGACGAGGGUGAAAGAAAAAAAAGGAACUGGGCCAUCGAACCCCAACUUGAUUUAGGCAGUGGCAGUGGUGAAAUGGCACUUGAAAACACAGUUAAAGGUGCAGGUGGUAAGCAAGCUCUGGACAAAGACUACAAGACUAUAGAAGAUUCCAACACACCUGACGGAUACAACAGAGGCCACCUGUUUCCUGUGUGCCAUGCAGAGUCACAGUCCGCUAAGGACGCAACCUUCACUCUGACCAACAUUGUUCCACAGAAUGUAGAGUUUAAUGGCGGUGCCUGGGCUAGUACUGAAAGGUUUGUUCGUGAUAAUAUAAAAGAAAAGUGCACACCUGAUAAUAAUAAUAAGGCCUACAUUGUUACUGGAGCUGUACCCAGCAAAAACAGUAAAGUGAACAAUAGGGUGAACAUACCCGAGUAUAUGUGGACGGCUUUUUGCUGCAAAAAAGACAACAGGUGGGUGUCAAUGGCUCACUAUGGGAGGAAUGCUAAGGGAGAAGUUACUGUUCCAGUGAGUCUGGAGAAGCUUGAAGAACAGCUGAAAACAGAUUAUGAUGUGAAGAGUUUCCUUGUAUUUGGAGGAAAUUGCUAUGAAGUUAAAGCAACAUAUUUUGAUUAUGCUAUGAGAUUUUUUCGAUAUUUAAACAGUAUUAUACGUGGUUGAUUUUGAUUCUUUCUAACACUGCUUAAAGCAUUAACUAAAAAUUAAAAAAGCAAAAAAUUCCGAGCAUAAAGCAUCACUCAGAUUUCUCCUCCAGUGAGUUUCUCUCUCAGCACAGACACAGGUCACCUUCUCACUCACCCAAGCCCUCACACACAGCUCCCAUACAGUGUGUGCGUGUGCAUAAUUAUAUUAUUCUCAAUGGCAUUAUCAAUGUACAAUCUGGUGUUAACCUGUGUGUUUGUUGAUCAUUUAUAAAAGGUCAUUGGCAAACCCUCAACUCAAAUGUUACUGACAGGCAUUUUAAAGGUCAGAGUACCAGCUGUGGUGACCUAGGCUUGUUAAAGCUAUGCUUGGCAGGUUUGGGGAAAAAUGUAAACAUCAACCAAUUUCCUCAUUUGAGUCACGAUCCAUGAGGCUGUUUUUCUAUUUUUUCGCAUUCUGGAGCUUAAUUUUGAAUUAUUUAAUAAUGUCACUCUCAGGUCUGCUUUCGGAAGGAGUCGUGAUCUAUCGGCAUUACAUGUAGAUAUAAAUAAAUAUCUAAAGAUGUUACCGCACCACUGAUAAUUCCUGAGUCCUUCCGAAAGCGGACCAAAGAAACUAUUUUUUAAAUAAUUAAAAAUUAAGCUCCAGAAUUCAAAAAAAUACAAAAACAGCCUCAUGGAUCGUAACUCAAAUGAGGAAAUUGAUUCACAAGUACUGAUGUUUAUAUUUUUUCCAAACCUGCUAAGUAUAUCUUUAAAAUUGAAUUUCAUGUCUUUAAAUCUAUAAAUAUUUUAAAAUGUUUGAUUUUUAAAUGCUUUUUUGUUUUUAAUAAUUAUAAUUUUAAAUUAGUCCCAGAAAUAUUCUGCAUUUCCAAAAUAUUAUUUCAUGUAGUAAUUUUCAUUUCAUUCAUUGUGUUGUAUUUACAGUGUGAUUAGUAUGCAAGUAUAUUUGUACUGACACACACACACAGUUACAAUGUAUUUCAUCAUAAUUGUGAAUAUAUGCUGAUGUGAGAUGACAAAUUUCCGUGUCUCAGUCUCAUAACUGGAUUCUGAGUGCCUGUGCCGACUUGCUUUUCUCUCGUCUGUCUCUCAACAGUAAUCCAGUUUAACACUGCAAAUACACAGAAAUCACUGCUGUUAAAUUCCUCUGAAUUAAAACCGUUUUGAAGCAUUCA